CCACCUGUCCACCACACCACAACCACACCACUGACUGGCCUGGGCUUCAAGCUACCUACCCGGCAACACUACUGCCGUUUCCUGUGCAUGCCAAACCCAAACAACCCGGCCUACCAUAAUGGCUCGAUUAAUCUACGGCGUGGCCGUCUCGACGCCCAGCGUGCGGCCGUCGGAUCCCCUCACAGACCUGACGCGGCUGCUGAGCCGGUUACAGCACACGGUCCUGCGCGCCGACGCUGACCGCGAGCUGAGACUGCGCACCAGCGAGUACGAGCGCGAAAAGGUCCAGACGAACAUCAAGUUUGCACGCUCGCUCCUCACAAAGCUGGAGCACCAGGCGCUCAGCGUCAAGAUCCACUCGCGCAAGCAAGACCUGCAGACCGAUCUACUGCAGAAGCGCGACAUCCUCGACCAGCUGGCCGAGCGCAUGGCCGACCUGGCCGAGAUCGCCGCAGCCGGCGGGGACGAAGACGACGGCCAAUGGGGGGACUACACGUCGGAAGAGGGCGAGGACAUCCUAGCCGACAUCAUCGCGACGCCCAGCGAGAGCCUCGACUCGACGCGGUCGCCCGAUGCACUGCACUCCGAAGACGCCGACGAGGGCCCCGACCCGGACCAGGGAGAGGAAGAAGACGCCCACUCCGACCCCAUACCAGACAUCCCCAAAUCGCCGCCCUCGCAGACUUGGCCCCGCGAGGACGAGAGGAGGGGCCAAGCUCUGCGAGAGUCCUCGGCAGCAGCAAAACCAGACAUGACCGCCACAGGCACCGCCACGUCAAUACGGCCCGUACUCCGCUCCCGACGCCAGGAGUCAAUGUCGGCCAGCGGCAGCAGCCAGGCAAAGACGGCGGCGCUCGCGACAGGGCCGUCGUCGUCGUCGUCGUCGUCAGCACUCUUCGGGGACCGCGUGCGCGGCAGCGUCACGACGACAACGGCAACGACAGAGGCGAUCCUAGACCACCAGCGGGCCGAGCACGACGUGCUGUCAGAGUCGAUCUUGAGGCUGGCCAGCGAACUCAAGGCGUCGUCGCAGGCGCUGUCGGCGUCACUGGACGAGGACAAGGACGUGGUGGCGCGGGCCGGCGACGGCAUGCACAAGACGGGCGCUGGCAUGGACGCCGUCACCCGCAAGAUGGGCACCCUCCAGCGCCUGACCGAGGGCGAGGGCUGGUGGGGCCGCAUGCGCCUGUACGCCCAGAUCUACGGGCUCAUGGUGGUCCUGGUGCUGGUCGUCUUUGUGCUGCCCAAGCUGCGGUUCUAGUUUUUUAUUCCUAACAUAUGACGUUGACGAGGGAGAUGAAAAUAUCACAGUUAUGGGAGAGCAAAACGGAAGGCCACACAUUACGUAGGCAGGCACGGCGUUUCUGGGGAUACCAGCUGCUUUUGGGAAGGGUAUAUAUCAAAAGAUGAAAAUUGAUUAGAUUCAAUGGCAAUUAAGAAUUUGUUUUAAAAAA